CUUCCUUUAUUUCCCUACUUUUUACCUAAAUAAUCAAAAAGACACCCAAAUAAAUAAAACACCACAAUUCCGUCCCCAGCCUACCCUCCCUGGCUCCCUCAGUCCCUCGCUUUUAUUUUCCCUCUCCUUUUAUUCUCAUCAAUCACUCACUCCCCAUCCAAAUUCGCAAAACCCAAUAAUCCUUCACACUGUUUCACUGCCUCUCUCCCUCCACCCCCAAAACCCUAAUUCCCCGCCUCAAACGCCACCCUCUUCCCCUUCCCAGCCUACCGACCAAACCAGCCACCACCAGCUGCCAUGGACGAAGCGUCAACCCAGCAGCUCCAGCAAGCUCAGCUCGCCGCCAUCCUGGGGCAAGACCCAGCCCCUUUCGAAACCCUAAUCUCCUCCCUCAUGUCCUCAUCCAACGACCAACGAUCCCAAGCCGAGCUCGCCUUCAACCUCUGCAAGCAGAACGACCCCGAUUCCCUCUCCCUCAAGCUCGCGCACCUCCUCCAGCUUUCCCCUCACCCCGACGCUCGCGCCAUGGCCGCCGUCCUCCUCCGCAAGCUCCUCACCCGUGACGACGCCUACCUCUGGCCCCGCCUCAACCUCAACACUCAGUCCUCUAUCAAAUCCAUACUCCUCUCCUGCGUCCAGCACGAGCAGGCCAAGUCGAUUCUGAAGAAGCUCUGCGACACCGUGUCUGAGCUCGCAUCCGGGAUUUUGCCCGAGAACGGGUGGCCGGAGCUGUUGCCGUUUAUGUUCCAGUGCGUUUCGUCCGAUUCCCCUAAAUUGCAGGAGUCCGCCUUCUUGAUUUUCGCCCAGUUGUCACAGUACAUCGGGGAGACUUUGGUCUCCUUUAUUAAGGAGUUGCAUGGGGUGUUCUUGCAGUGUUUGAAUUCGUCCCCCAGUUUUGACGUGAAGAUUGCUGCGCUGAAUGCUGUUAUCAAUUUCAUUCAGUGCCUGAGCAGCUCUUCUGAUCGGGAUAGGUUUCAGGAUUUGUUGCCUGCUAUGAUGAGGACGUUGACCGAGGCGUUGAACAAUGGGAAUGAGGCCACCGCUCAGGAGGCCCUCGAGCUAUUGAUUGAGUUGGCUGGAACGGAGCCUAGAUUCCUGAGGAGGCAGCUGGUUGAUGUGGUUGGGGCGAUGCUGCAGAUUGCCGAGGCGCAGAGUUUGGAAGAGGGAACUCGGCAUUUGGCGAUUGAAUUUGUUAUUACUUUGGCUGAAGCUAGGGAGAGGGCACCUGGGAUGAUGAGAAAGUUGCCGCAGUUCAUAAGCCGGUUGUUUGCAAUACUGAUGAAUAUGCUUUUGGAUGUUGAGGACGAUCCUGCUUGGCAUACUGCAGAGACUGAGGACGAGGAUGCGGGAGAGUCUAGUAAUUACAGUGUUGGGCAGGAGUGUUUAGAUAGGUUGGCAAUAUCAUUGGGCGGGAACACAAUUGUUCCGGUGGCCUCUGAGCAGCUACCUGUAUACUUUUCCGCUCCAGAGUGGCAGAAGCACCAUGCUGCGCUCAUUGCACUUGCCCAGAUAGCUGAGGGUUGCUCUAAGGUCAUGUUAAAAAAUCUCGAGCAAGUGGUGAACAUGGUUCUCAACUCCUUCCAACAUCCUCAUCCCCGUGUAAGAUGGGCAGCUAUAAAUGCGAUUGGCCAAUUGUCCACAGACUUAGGUCCGGAUUUGCAAAAUCAAUACCAUCAGAGAGUGUUACCAGCACUAGCUGCUUCAAUGGAUGACUUCCAGAAUCCAAGAGUACAGGCACAUGCUGCUUCAGCUGUUCUGAACUUCAGUGAGAACUGUACUCCUGAAAUCUUGACUCCUUAUCUAGAUGGAAUUGUGAGCAAAUUGCUUGUGCUCCUACAGAAUGGAAAGCAAAUGGUUCAAGAGGGAGCACUGACUGCUUUGGCAUCUGUUGCUGAUUCAUCUCAGGAGCACUUCCAGAAGUACUAUGAUGCAGUAAUGCCCUACUUGAAGGCAAUCUUGGUGAAUGCGACUGACAAAUCUAAUCGCAUGCUUCGGGCCAAGUCAAUGGAGUGCAUUAGUCUUGUUGGAAUGGCUGUUGGCAAGGAUAAGUUCAGGGAUGAUGCUAAGCAGGUCAUGGAUGUGCUUAUGUCCUUGCAAGGCUCACAAAUGGAGGCAGAUGAUCCAACAACAAGCUACAUGCUACAAGCAUGGGCCAGACUUUGCAAAUGUUUGGGGCAAGAUUUCCUCCCAUACAUGAGUGUUGUCAUGCCUCCUUUGCUUCUGUCUGCCCAAUUGAAGCCAGAUGUGACAAUUACAUCUGCAGAUUCAGAUAAUGAGAUUGAUGAUUCUGAUGAUGAAAGUAUGGAGACCAUUACUCUUGGGGACAAAAGGAUUGGCAUCAAGACUAGUGUCCUGGAAGAAAAAGCUACUGCUUGCAAUAUGUUAUGUUGUUAUGCUGACGAGCUUAAAGAAGGCUUCUUUCCAUGGAUAGACCAGGUUGCCCCAACUCUAGUUCCUCUUCUCAAGUUUUACUUCCAUGAAGAAGUAAGAAAAGCUGCCGUAUCAGCAAUGCCAGAGCUCCUUCGGUCCGCAAAAUUAGCUGUGGAGAAGGGAAUAGCACAAGGCCGGAAUGAAGCUUAUGUUAAACAGCUGUCUGACUACAUCAUUCCAGCUCUGGUUGAAGCAUUACAUAAGGAACCUGAUACUGAAAUCUGCGCUAAUAUGCUGGAUGCAUUAAACGAAUGCUUACAGAUAUCUGGCACACUUGUUGAGGAAAGUCAGGUACGAUCAGUUGUUGAUGAGAUUAAGCAAGUAAUCACGGCUAGCUCAAGUAGAAAGAGAGAGAGGGCAGAGAGAGCCAAAGCUGAAGACUUCGACGCGGAGGAGGGAGAGCUGAUUAAGGAAGAAAAUGAGCAAGAGGAGGAAGUAUUUGACCAAGUUGGUGAAAUAUUGGGUACUCUGAUCAAGACAUUCAAGGCUUCUUUCUUGCCUUACUUUGAUGAGUUAUCAUCAUACCUCACUCCUAUGUGGGGCAAGGAUAAGACACCUGAGGAGAGAAGGAUUGCCAUUUGUAUUUUUGAUGAUGUUGCAGAGCAAUGUCGUGAGUCAGCUUUGAAAUAUUAUGAUACUUUCCUACCGUUUUUACUGGAAGCUUGCAAUGACGAGAAUCCAGAUGUUCGACAGGCAGCUGUUUAUGGACUGGGUGUAUGUGCAGAAUUUGGUGCGAACAUGUUCAAGCCUCUUGUAGGAGAAUCACUUUCGAGAUUAAAUGUCGUUUUACGGCACCCUAAUGCUAAGCUAGCCGAAAAUGUUAUGGCAUAUGACAAUGCUGUUUCUGCUUUGGGGAAGAUUUGCCAGUUCCAUCGGGACAGUAUUGAUGCUUCUCAGGUUAUCCCAGCAUGGUUAAAUUGUUUGCCAAUCACAGGUGAUCUAAUCGAAGCCAAAGUUGUCCAUGAACAACUUUGUUCAAUGGUGGAGAGGUCAGACGGUGAAAUUUUGGGCCCGAACAACCAGUUUCUUCCAAAGAUUGUUUCAGUAUUUGCUGAGGUUCUCUGUGGGAAGGACCUAGCUACAGAAAGUACCGCAAGUCGAAUGGUUAAUCUGCUAAGGCACCUGAAGCAGACCUUACCACCAGAUACCUUGGCCUCAACUUGGUCUUUGCUACUUCCUCAGCAACAGAUGGCAUUGCAAUCGAUACUCCCAUCGUGAGUUGAAGGAGAGAAUCUAUUUUUUAUGGUUCCGCGGUAUGGCGAUGAUGAUGCAACAAGCGAGCCGAGCUGUGUGGUGUUGCUUGGAAAUAUAUAAUUGUUUUACUCUCAUUCUUUGCAUAAAGAUGGUGUUCUCCCCAUCAAUCGUUUCUCUGCAUUUUAUGGUCAACUGCAGCAAGGAAAAAGCUGGUGGUGUCAGUCUGGUUGGGAUUGAGAGUAAGAAGUAGAGUCGUUCUGGUUGAAAAAGAAAGCCUUUGCCUCUUCUUUUGUUUUGAAUCCUUCUCUUGUAGAGAAUAGAAUGUGUAUAUGUUUAUUGUCAGUGUCCAGAAACAGAAGGACAAGUUUUGAGUUGGGAAGAAAAGACUAGGAAGAAAAGCGGAUUUUGAGUCUAGUCAGCAGCAUUGAGUGAGAGAUCAGAGAAGGUUCCUUGAGGGGAUAUCACAUCCAUGGUGGAAAGUAGGUCCCCUCUUUGGCACAGUUUUGUUUCAUUACGCAUUGAUGGUUGUGGAGUCGUGUAUGGAUUGGAAAUUUUGAUUGGUGAUUCUUUCAGUAAUACACUUUCGGGAUUUUG